AUGUGAUAUUAGUGGACAUCAUAACACCACAUAAAUCUUUUGGCUCAAAGCCAUACAUGUAAAACACUAAGGUUAUUCAGAGCACAAAGGUAGUGUAGUAUACACACCUUGAUCUUUUCAACUGAGGGACCAUCUCAAGAUAAUAGUUGAUUUGAAUUAAAGUUACUGAAAUCAUGGAUGCAUAUAGUGAUACAGACUUGUGGAUAAAGAUCGAUCUGGAUAGAAUUUAUAUCAAAGAAGUAGAAAUCGCAAAGUUACUAUAUCAUGAACUUGAUGAGAAAAGUAUUGAAAAUGAAGACAUAAAAGGUGUUCAGAUGGUUAGGAUAAAAGGAAGAAAUAUAGCGAUAGUGUAUUGCAGGAAUUUAGAGGUAAAGGGUGAACUUCUAGCUAUUGGCCAAAUUACAAUACAAGGUCAAUUAAUGCAGUUAGUCAGCUAUACCAGAGCAGUAUAUCAACCUCCUGAACGUGUUUCCAUUCAUGGGAUUCCUUUACACAUUUCAAAUGCUGAAGUGUCUGAUUGGAUUAGCGAGAAAGUUGACAUUGUAACACCCAUCCAGUAUGCGUACAAGAUAGAAGGAAAUAUUCGUAUAAACUCUGGGAACAGAUUCCUUUAUGGCCAUGUUAAAGAAGGAGUCAUAUUUCCCCGAUAUAAUGUGUUCACUACCUCCGACCCAUUUGAUAGAGAAAGUCUCAUUGACAUUGACACAACCAUAUACAUAAAUUCCCAGCCAAUCAACUGUACCCGUUGCAAAGUCAUAGGGCACACAGGACGUGAUUGUGAGGCUAACCGUAGAGCAGGCAGGCUCCAGAAUGAGACUUGCCGGAAAUGUCAUAGAUCCGGGCAUUUCAUGCGAGAUUGCCCACUGAACGAGAUACAAAAUGAAACUCAAAGGAAAGCAGAACCAGAAGCAAAGAAACCAGAUGCGAUAGAGGAAGAUGAAAGUGAAAGUGAAAACGAAACCAUUCAAGAUAAAGAUGAUAACACAAGUGAGGAGGAAGAACGAGAAGACACAAAAGACCAAAAAACCACAAAAAACAAAAACGACAAUCAAAACACCAAAACUGAAGAAUUGAACGAGCAAAAAGACAAUGAAUCAUCGGACAAUAAAACACCAAAGCAAAGAGGGAAUAAUAAGAAGAGGAAAGACCUAACACCAUCUAGCAUUGAAAAACCAUCUAAGAAAAACCCUAAAAAGAAGUAA